AUGGAACUCGAAGAAAGAUUUCAAAUAUUUGAAAAAGACGAGAAAAAGAAAGUGUUAAUUGUUAUAAUCAAUGCACGAAUUAUUCAACAACGUUUACAUAUUCCAUACGUACGACAAUUAAUUGAUAAAACCGAAUAUUCAUGCAAUGUACUCAAUAAAAAACAAGAUAAAUAUUUUCUCAUGUUGAUACAUUCACCAGCUCAAGAACAAUAUCAUCAAUCAUCUUUUCCAUCAAUUUUCUUACAUAAUUGGGAUUUUUAUUUCUUUGAUAGUUGUGCACCAGGUAGUGCAUUUCAUCUUCAAAAAAUGUUACAAAUUCUAUCAUCAACUUCCGAUCAACAACAACAACAAGAAUCAUUCGAUAAUACUGUAUGUGAUUUAAAUAUAUUAUUCGAUGAUUGUUUAUGGGAUUUUUGUUCACGAAUUCAAAUAGCUCUACAAGAAUUACCAGCAGAUAUGUUUAAAAAUAAAUUAGCUUAUGAAUUUUAUAAACGUCAAACAAAUACAUUACGAUGUGUACAAUGUUUAAAACAAAUUCUUCAACAAUCAAGGCAAUUACAAAAUCGUAUUGUUACUAUUUAUCAUGAUAAUUUAUCAAAUAAAAAAGAAUCAUCAAAAAAAAUUUAUAAUUUAAUUUAUCAAAUAUCAAAAGAUAUUAUAUGUGGUAAACGAUUUGAUGGUCUUGUUGAAUCUAUUCAAUCACAAACUCGUAUUUCAUUUACAAAUUUUGUUUCAAAUGUAUUUAAAUUUAUUGUUAAUGAUUAUGGUUUAGAAACUUUAUUAACAUUAUCAAAUAUAACAAAUGGAUAUGAUUCAAUGUUAGAAUUAAUCGAUUAUUCUUCAUUUGCAAUAGUUGAUAAUAAUAAAGAUAAUAUUUCUUCAACAAAUCAAAGCAUAUUUCAACUUGUUACUCAUUAUACUUGUAUUCCACAAACUCCACUCUAUUAUUUAUUUCAUCAACGAAUUAAAUCUUGUGCUGAAGAUAUCAAACUAACACGAAUUCUUAAACAAACCGAACAAAAAGAACAAGAUGAUGUUCCUCGUCAACAUUAUUAUGCAGUUCCAUCAGUGACUACAAUGGAUUAUAAUUAUGAUGAUGAAAAUCAAACGACUGAAUAUACAUUUGAACAAUUUCGAUAUGAAUUAAUAAAAUCAAUUUUAAAUGAUAAAAUAUUAACUGAUAUUAUUAAUGAACAUAUACUUAAUUCUUAUUCAAAUGAUCUUGUUCGAACUUUUUGUACAAUUGUAGAGAAAAAUUUUGAUGAAAAUCUUAUUCAAUGUCAAAAAACAAUCGAAUUUGUUUCACGUUGGUUAUUACUCGUUGAUGAUAAUGAUCAACAAUCUUUAGAAGAAUCUUCGAAUAAAUAUGUUUGGCUUCUUGCUCAUGUUUAUACAUCAUUUGAAUAUGAUCAAAAUGAUCUCUUUUCUUUGUAUUCAGCUUGUCGAAUUACAGAUCGACUCGAUUCAAAACAAUCAUUUUAUGAUAAUCUAUUACUCGAUAAUCAUGUAACACGUUCAGAAGUACGUGAAAAAUUAUUUCGAUUUAUGUUUGAUAAUUUAUGGAAAAAUCUUUGUGAAUUAUGUUCAAAUAAUAACACAAGUGAAACAUGGAUGCAUAUUUAUACAUUUAUUUCAAAAUAUUAUCCAUCAGAUAAAGUUCUACAACGUACACAACUUAUUGAAAUAAAAGAACAAAUUGAAUUUAUGAAUUUAGCAUAUUUUAUUCUUAUCAAUGAUAAUAUUCCUCAAGCAAAAGAACUUGUAUCAAAUCUAUUGAAAGACAUACAUCUUGUUCAUAUUAAUAAUAAUAAUAUUCUAAAUAGAAAUCAAGGAAAAUCUUUUUAUUUAAAAUUAUUACCGAAGAUAAUUGAUUCUAUUGAGUUAUAUUUCGAAAAUAAAAAUAUUAAUAAUUCAACAUUAAUGAUUGAUAUACAACAAUGGAUAAUUUCAAUGUUAAAAUCAUCUACAGAAUCAUGUAAAGAAGAAAUCGAAAAUCUUUUUCAAGGUUUAAAUAAAUCAACAUAUCGAUUAUCAUUACCUAUGAAACAACUUUUAUUUGAUAAAUUAGCUAGUUUAUAUGUUGAAUCUAUACGACAUAAUAGAAUAACAUUCGAUUGUUGGGAACGUCUUAUAAUACUUUUACCAUUGAUUAUCGAAUGUCUACAAGAUGAUAAUCAUCUUGAAGAUUAUCAAUUACCAUAUCAUCCAUCAAUACUUACUAAUGAUAAUCAACGACAACCAUUAAUUGACUUAUUCUUUUUUCAUCUUCAACGAUAUUUUAAUGAUGAAACAAUUAAAUGCGAAUUAGUAAAUAAAAUUAUGCAAUCAAAGUUACAAAAUAUGAGAAUAAAACGUCCAAAAUCGGCUGCUGAAAUCUUCAAAAAAUUAAAAGAUUAUUUUCUAUUACGAUUAACUGCUUUAUUAUUAUGUCAAACAGAUGUAUCUCCUGAUGAUCAACGAAUAAUUAGUCGUAUUACAUUAGCAAUCAUUAAUACAUACUUAUCCGUUGAUCGAGAAACAAUUCAACUUAAUCAAUAUCUUCAAAUAUUUCUCUCAACUAUUAUAUCUAAACGAUCAUGGAAUUUUCUUUUCAAUUUAUUAAAAUCAGAUCAUAUACAACGUCUUAAUAGUCAAUGGGCAACUACUCUAUCUCAUCUAUUAGGAAUGAAACAAACAAUAGAAAAUAAUAAAUAUCUUCAAUUAUGUCAUCAAAUACAAUUUACAUUAUCAACAAAUAAUACUUCAUCAAUAUUUCCAAAAUUACAUCAAUCAUAUGAACAACUUAAACAUAUUUUAAAGAAUUGUGUUAAAGAAAAUCUCGAUGAACAACGAUGGAAAAAUCUAUCAGAUUGGAUUCUAUUAAAACAAAAUAUGAAUCCACCAGAUUUGAACUUAAAAGAAAUAAAAGUAAUGUCAUUAUUAAAUAUCUAUUAUGAUUAUUAUUGUAAUAAUCAAUUGACAUGUCUUAAUACACUAUUAGAAUUUAUCGAAAAUAAAUUAGAACCAUUACAAGAAGAAUUAAGAGUAUUUCGUGUUAUUUUGCAACCUGAACAGUUUAUGAUUGGAUAUCCAAGAGAAAAUGAUAAUGUUGAAAAAAAUUUUCUUAAUAAUUUAUUCACAAUUAAUUGUCAAGAUGAAGAUGAAUUAUGUAUUCGUCAUUCACUUGUUAAUCUCAUGGCUAUGAUUCUUAUGGGUGGAAAACAAUCAUUCCUAUGGACAUUUGCAUUUCAUCCAUUGACAUUACAGAAUACAUUUGGUUUUGGAUCAACAGCACAUCAAAUCAUUCAAAGCAAUGGUGUACAUUAUGAUUGUGGUUGUAUUAUAACACAAAAUGGAGAUUUAAUGCAAUUCGAGCGAACACAUACAAGUGCACUCAAUGUACCAGCUGUUUAUGUUGCAAAUUUCUCAACAUUUGGUGCUUUAGCUUGGCAUUUAUUAUUAUUUAACGANAAUAAUCAAAAUCAUGAUACAUGGUUAUGUGCUUAUACAUUUAUUUCAAAAUAUUAUCCAUCUGAAAAAGUUUUACGUAGUACACAAUUAUAUAGUAUUAAAAAUCAAAUUGAAUUUAUGAAUUUAGCUUAUUUGAUAUUUUUAAAUGAUACAAUACAUGAACCACAUAAAUUAAUAUCAAUUUUACUUACAGAAACAAACAGGAAUCGAGAAUCUGUUUGUUUAAGACUAUUACCAAAUAUGACAGAUAUCAUUGAUCAAUAUUUAAAAAAUAAGAAUAUUGCCAAUUCAACAUUAUUUAUCGAUCUUCAACAAUGGACAAUAACUAUCUUAAAAUCAAUAAAACAAUUACCUAAAGAAGAUAUUUAUUUUCUGUUAAAAUAUAUCGAUACAUCAACUUGUUCAUUCUCUAUUGCAAUGAAACAAUUUUUAUUCGAUGAAUUAAUUAACAUACUUCUUCAAAUUGAAGAUAGAAAUAAACAAAAUUUUGAUAUAUGGGAUAGAUUUAAAAUGAUUCCACAAUUACUUGAAUGUGUAUCAAAUGUUAAUCUUAUUGAAAAUUAUAAAAUACCUUAUCAUCGAUCAAUAUUUUCUGAUGAUGAAAAUGACAUACAAAUAAGACAAGUAUUAUUUGAUUUGUUUUUCUUUCAUCUUAGACGUCAGAUAACUAAUGAGAAUAUUACAACGUCUCUUAUUAAUAAGGGAAUGCUAUUGAAAGUACCAAUAAUUCAAAAUCAGCGUUUAAAACCAAUAGGAGAAAAUCUUUUCAAACAACUGAAAGAUUAUCUUCGAGUAAGAAUGCUUGCUUUCUUGCUAUGUGACAUAAACUUGAAUCAUAAUGAAUUAAAUGAAUUUGAUCGUAUCAUGUCAACUAUCAUAACAGAAUUUUUAUUAACAGAUGACCAAGCAACAAAGUUUAAUAAUUAUCUUCAACUUUUUCUAUCUACAAUCAUAUUGAAACGAUCAUGGAAUUAUCUUUUACAUUUGUUAAAUUCAGACCAUAUUAAACGUUUAAAUAAUCAAUGGGCAGCAAAUUUAUAUCGUUUACUUGAAUUAAAGCAAACACAAAGACAAAAUAAAUAUUUACAGUUGUGCCAUCAAAUUCAAUUUACAAUAUCUCCAAACAAAGAGUCGUCAAUAUUUCCUGAACUUCAUCAACCAUAUGAAGAUUUAAGAAAAAUUAUUGAUAUUUGUGUUAAAAGUAAUAAUGAAGAAAAUUCAUGGGAACCUUUUUCUGAUUGGAUUCAAUCAAAAAUCAAUGCUGAUCCAGUUCAAUUACAGCUAAAAGAAAUUAAAGUAAUGCUAUUAUUGAUUAUUUAUUAUGAAUAUUAUUGUAAUAAUCAAUUAUCGUCCAUAAAUACACUAUUAGAAAUGAUUCAAAAUACUAUACAAUUAUCAUCUGAAGAAUUACGAUUAUUUCGUGUUUUCAUAAGCCCUGAACAAUUUAUGAUUGGAUAUGCAAGAGAUAAUAAUACUGCUGAUAAGAAUUUCCUUAAUGAUUUGUUCAAACUUGAUUGUAAUGAUGAGUGCGAUUUAUCUUUACGUCAUAAGCUUGUAAAUCUUAUGGCAANCAAGCAAAAGAACUUAAAUCAAGGAAAAUCUCUUUAUUUAAAAUUAUUACCGAAGAUAAUUGAUUCUAUUGAACAAUAUUUCGAAAAUAAAAAUAUUAAUAAUUCAACAUUAAUGAUUGAUAUACAACAAUGGAUAAUUUCAAUGUUAAAAUCAUCUACAGAAUCAUGUAAAGAAGAAAUUGAAAAUCUUUUUAAAGGUUUAAAUCAAUCAACAUAUCGAUUAUCAUUGCCUAUGAAACAACUUUUAUUUGAUAAAUUAGCUAAUUUAUAUGUUGAAUCUAUACGACAUAAUAGAAUAAUAUUCGAUUGUUGGGAACGUCUUAUUAUACUUUUACCAUUGAUUAUUGAAUGUCUAGAAGAUGAUAAUCAUCUUGAAAAUUAUCAAUUACCAUAUCAUCCAUCAAUACUUACUAAUGAUAAUCAACGACAACCAUUAAUUGAUUUAUUCUUUUUUCAUCUUCAACGAUAUUUCAAUGAUGAAAUAAUCAAAUGUGAAUUAGUAAAUAAAAUUAUGCAAUCAAAGUUACAAAAUAUGAGAAUAAAACAUCCAAAAUCGGCUGCUGAAAUAUUCAAAAAAUUAAAAGAUUAUUUUCUAUUACGAUUAACUGCUUUAUUAUUAUGUCAAACAGAUAUAUCUCCUGAUGAUCAACGAAUAAUUAGUCGCAUUACAUUAGCAAUCAUUAAUACAUACUUAUCUGUUGAUAGAGAAACAAUUCAACUUAAUCAAUAUCUUGAAAUAUUUCUCUCAACUAUUAUAUCUAAACGAUCAUGGAAUUUUCUUUUCAAUUUAUUGAAAUCAGAUCAUAUACAACGUCUUAAUAAUCAAUGGGCAAAUACUCUAUCUCAUCUAUUAGGAAUGAAACAAACAAUACAAAAUAAUAAAUAUCUUCAAUUAUGUCAUCAAAUACAAUUUACAUCAUCAACAAAUAAUACUUCAUCAAUAUUUCCAACAUUACAUCAAUCAUAUGAACAACUUAAACAUAUUUUAAAGAAUUGUGUCAAAGAAAAUCUUGAUGAACAACGAUGGAAAAAUCUAUUAGAUUGGAUUGAAUUAAAACGAAAUAUGAAUCCAUCAGAUUUGAAUUUAAAAGAAAUAAAAGUAAUGUUAUUAUUAAAUAUCUAUUAUGAUUAUUAUUGUAAUAAUCAAUUGACAUCUCUUAAUACACUAUUAGAAUUUAUCGAAAAUACAUUAGAACUAUUACCAGAAGAAUUAAAAGUAUUUCGUGUUAUUUUGCAACCUGAACAAUUUAUGAUUGGAUAUCCAAGAGGAGGAAAUGAUAAUGUUGAAAAAAAUUUUCUUAAUAGUUUAUUUACAAUUAAUUGUCAAGAUGAAGAUGAAUUAUGUAUUCGUCAUUCACUUGUUAAUCUCAUGGCUAUUAUUCUUAUGGGUGGAAAACAAUCAUUCCUAUGGACAUUUGCAUUCCAUCCAUUGACACUACAGAAUACAUUUGGUUUUGGAUCAACAGCACAUCAAGUCAUUCAAAGCAAUGGUGUACAUUAUGAUUGUGGUUGUAUUAUAACACAAAAUGGAGAUUUAAUGCAAUUCGAAAGAACACAUGCAAGUGCACUCAAUGUACCAGCUGUUUAUGUUGCUUAUUUUUCAACAUUUGGUGCUUUAGCUUGGCAUUUAUUAUUAUUUAACGAAUCUGUUCAAAAUCUACACGGUCCCAUAUUAGCAACACAUGCAGUUGCUGAUGAUACAGCUGUAUGUCGUCUUGCAGGUAACAAUGAUCGCACAAAAGUGUGUCAUUUUGUUCGUGCUCGAUUACUAUCAACAUUCAAUUUUCUAUCAAUUCGUUCGAAUCAAGAUGAUGCAUGUAUUCUAUUAAAUCGUUGCUUAGAACAAAUGGCUUUUCUAACUAUUAAUCAUCAACAAGCAGAAAAUUCUUGGAUUAAACCUAUUUUUCAUACUUUGAAUGAUGAAUUAAAAGCUGAACAAGCAUAUCAAAAUCAAGUUUUCUAUUUUGUUCAUGAAAAAUUAAUAGAAUAUAAAGCCUAUGUUAAUCAAUUAAAUUUACAAUCACAAAUUCAAACAAAUCUACAAGAUUUUAUAAAUCAAAUGCCAAUUACCAUUCAAUUUCUACAUUUUAAAACCGAAUUACAUAAUCCUAUUCAUUCAGAAUUACCAUUAAAAAUCUUACGACAUGUACUUGAUUCAAUGGAUUUUCUCAAGAUAAUGAAAUGGAUUUAUGAUCUUAGUCAAUUUUAUCUUCUUCUACAUCAGACUUAUACUCAAUUAAUUGAACAAGAUGAAUUUCAUAAAAUAACAUUAGAAGAAUUAUAUAAUCGAGGUCAAAAACAUUACAAUGAACCACAUCAAUUUCAAUAUUAUCAUAGAAAUAAUAAUUAUUCGUUGAUUAUUGAUAAGGGAAUCGAAGCUGUCAAUGCCUAUCAUAGUUUUACUGAUGGUCUCAUUCGACCAGGUGCUUGUGAUCAAACUCAACGCUUCACUAAAAUUACACGUCAAACACCCAUACAUUAUUUAGUUACAACAGCAAAUUACGAUGAAGGAGAUAUUGUUAUGCGUAUACUCAGGUAA